AUGGCGGAACCGAAGCCCAAACGAUCAUUAUUCAAACGUCCAACGUGGGCGGCGGCUGCCACUCCCGCCGCCGCAUCAGCCUCACCAGACGCUCCAACGAAGCCCGAAGAAGCGACCGACAUCUUCAGUCACUCGAACACUUUUGGAGAAAUCGUAGAAGACCGUCAGCGCCAGCGCCGUAAGAAGAGUGACAAGGACAUCCUCAGGCGAAGUAAAACGAAUGAAGUCAAGGAUGAAGAGCCGCGAGCUGGCAAGCGCCGGCGCAUAAGCGAUGAGGAUGGCACAGAGCUUUCGACCAAGACCAGCAACAAGGACACAAAGAGCAAGACCAAGGACACGGAAAGGAGGGUAUCGACACAAUCAAAUGGCGCAUCAGAAAGCUUUGCGAUAGCUACUACACCACAAAAGUCCAAACCGCGACAGGAAGCUGUGAUAGAACUGCUGGACACUGAUGACGACAAUGAACCUGUCAGCUUCAGCAAUGGCCUGCAAAGCUUCACGCCUUCGAACGCUACAAGCCUUGAGCCCACACCUGUAGCAGAUCCAAAUCCAGACGAUGAUCCAGAUGCCGUAUAUUACUCCGACCCGGAAAUGCGCGAGUUCGCUCGCAAGGCCCGUGAAAAGCGGCGACAACAAGAGCGAGAGCAGAGUGAAACUGGUGCACAUGACCCGACCGUGAAACUCCUCAUCACUUCACCUCUACCCGACACGCAACCUCUGAUUGUGUCACGGAAGCUUUCACAAAAUCUCCAACAAGUCCGCGAAGCCUGGAUCGGCAAGCAAGAUCUACUGGACCCUUCGACCGCGAGUCGCAUCUUCUUCACCUUCAAACUACGGAAAGUCUACGAUGUAACUACCGUCCGCAGCCUAGGUAUCAAGGUGGACUCCUAUGGCCGUAUCAUGACCAACGGACCCUUCGCCAAUACCGACGACGAUCAUGCUGAGAAGAUACACAUUGAAGCUGUGACGGAAGAAGCAUGGCAAGAGCUCAAGGACAAAAAGGCGGCGCCAAAACAGAACAAGUACCUCAAUAAUGCUGCGUUUGCGGAGAACAGAGGCCUCAGUGCAGAGGGUACGCCUGCUGUGGAUGGUGAGGCUGCUGUUGAGGAGCCUUUGAUCAAGGUUACGUUGAAAGCAAGGGGUCACUCUGAUAUCAAGAUCAAAGUGCGGCCGAGCACGACAUUUAUGAAGAUGAUCAACGCAGCUCGACGAAGUUUCAAGCUUGAUCCGGACAGACAAUUACAUCUCGAAUUCGAUGGAGAAAAGUUAGAGCCGCCGGAAGGUCUUGUCAAAGAUACCGACAUCUCGGACAUGGAUUGUAUUGAUGUUCAUAUCAAAUAA